UGGCGGCUCUCGACUAUCCGCGCGCGGGGUCCGGUCAGUUUCGUGCAUCCAACAUGGCCGGUCGUGGUGGUCAUGAAGAUUCGAGGGAUUAUAUAGGAGGUGGCGGUUAUCGUGGUAGCCGAAAGCCAAUGCCUACUGAGCCGCCAUAUACUGCAUAUGUAGGGAAUUUACCUGAUGGAGUUGUUCAAAGUGACAUUGAUAACAUCUUUAACGGUCUAAAUGUAAAAAAUGUACGUUUAGUGAAAGAUCGAGAAACUGAUAGGUUUAAAGGUUUUUGUUAUGUUGAAUUCAACGAUAUUACCGAUUUGGAGGCAGCUCUUCAAUUAAACGGCAAUGUUAUAGUUGAAAAAAAUUGUAUAAAAAUUGAUGUGGCAGAUGGAAAAAGAAAUGAUAGAGGUGGAGGGUUUGAUAGAAGACGAGGUGGAAGCGGUGGAACCUCGGGAGGAUUUGGUACAAACUAUUCAAGAUACAAUGAUAGAAGACCUCAAGGAAAUCUAGGUCCUGGUGGAAGAUCUGGAGGUGGAAUCGGUAGCAGUAGUUCUGGUGGAUAUGGUGGUGGUGGUGGAGAUUCUCGAGGAAAUCGAGGAAAUUUCGGAAAUUUCCAAGACGAUAGUGGAAGAGAGAGAGACUGGCCUCGAGGUGGUGGUCCCCCACGGCCAUCAUAUGCAGGAAACAGUGGACCACCACGACGUGGUGGUCUAAACGAUCGAAGCAAAUCAUACCAAGAUGAUCCUUAUCUUAAAAGUCCUCCACCGGAUGCAUCGGCCAGAAAAAAAUUGGUGUUAUCAAAACGAACUACUACGGAGCCAGUAAAUGCAUUAGCUGAAUGUAGUAAAAGUAAUUCAAUUUAUGGUGGUGCCAAGCCUCGAGAGGAAAAUAUAAAACCUACCGAAUAACUUUCAAUGUCUCAGAAAUUCAAAUUCUUUUGUGAAGAAUAAAAAAUGUUUUUAUUAA